CGUGUAUCGUUGCUGGCUUGAUCUCGUCUGUUAAGCAACUUUAGCUUUAGCAACAACAUCUAUUUGUUUGGUGGCAAAUUGACCGAAAUUGUGUAAUAAAUGGGAAGAUAUAAAUGUGCCUACAAGUGUGACAACUCGAGUGAUUCAGAUGUUAAGUUUUUUAAGUUCCCCCUUUACAAUCCCCGAAAACUCAAGAAAUGGCUUGUCAACAUGAAGUGGAAGGACUGGACUCCAACUCGCUUCUCUGUGCUGUGCAUCAAUCAUUUUGAAGAGCAAUACAUCGACAGAACGGGCAAAAGUGUGACACUCCGAGAAGAUGCAGUUCCCACCCUGUUUUCAGCGACUGACAACACACAGAAAAAGAGGGCUCCCGUCAACUCAAGACGUAAACGACACAAGCCACCUGGAGCCAAAGCCUCAGAGACAGAUUCAGCUCCGUCUGCCACAACCGCUCCCACCACAGCAAAGCAGAGCGUCCAGAACAAAGAGUCCAACCAAACAGAGGAGGAGCCACCUGGAAACCCCAAAAAGUCAGACAAAUGGAGGAUCAUUGUCGAUGAGGGGUUGAUGACCAUCGAGUCGUUUCCACAUUUCUUUCAUGGUGAUUACUGUGUACCACAGAAUAUCCAGUGGGCUCCAGAUGAUAAUGUCACUACAGAGAAAAAAGACCCUGAAAAUGUGAUCGAGGUGACGGAGCCGUGGCAGUGGUUGGGUCUGGAUGUCAGAGGACCACUUCCCCAAACACUGAAUGGACACAAGUACAUUUUGACGGUGACAGACUAUUACUCCAAAUGGGUGGAAGCUGUACCGAUGCAGUCGUGCCUCCCUUCACAUGUGGCGAAGAACGUCGUGGACGUCAUCGCCCACUUUGGAUACCCGCUCAGGAUCCUGUCCAGACUGCCUCACGACAUAGUCCACAAGAUCAACCGAGAACUGAAAGAUCAGCUGAAGGUUACCGUGGCUCUCGUGGUCCAUCAUCAGCAGACCGGCACUGCAGAUCUGAUCACACCACAGCUGAUUAACAGGAUGGUCAGUGAUCUAAUAGAGGAGCAUGCAGCUGACUGGGACGUUUACCUUCCUGCCAAGGUCGUCAGUCUGUGCUUCAAAGAGCAUUCAGCCACCAAGGAGAGGCCUUUCUCAGUGCUCUGCUGUAGAGGACUAAAGCCUGUCCAAUCCCCCAGAGGACUGAAUCACGCUUAUUCCAAGAUCCGAGAGAGUGUUUUCAAGGUUAGAUAGAAGUUCCUGCGGUCACUUUACUUGGGAGCCAAACUGGACUCGGUGUCCUUAGAAAACCAGGAAAGAGGAAUAUUUUUCAGUCAAGGAAGAACUCUGAAUCCCUAAAGAAUGCCAGUGCUGGAAUGAACAGUGGAAACCUCGAUGGUUUGACCAGGAGUCUGUCGACUGAAAAGGAACUGCAGAUGGAACCUCUACAGCUUCCUUCACUCCUCCAAGGACUCGCUGAAAUGUUCCACCGGUUUGGUCCAUAACAAGUUCUGGGGUUUUGUCUUUUUUAGUCUCUUAAGUCAGCGGAAGGUCAUUUUCAGUCUUCACGUAAUCAUAUUGAUGAAUGUAGCAUUUUAUUUCAGUUGUUGAUGUUGGCAGGAUAAACUAAAUACAGGUCUUUAGCAAGAACAAAAGCUGAUAAAACAUUGUCAUGUUUUAUUUUUGGAUACAUUUUUUAUAUAUAUAUAUAUAUAUAUUUGCCACUUCUUAUGUGUAAAUUACUCCAAACAGUUCAAACAUCUGCCCUGGCAAAGUUAAAGCAGCUGUGCCUGAUCGGUUAUUGCAGUUUGUUUAUAAAAUGUAAAACAUGUUAAUAAACUUUCUUUAAAUAAAAA